AUGGCCGAGAUGGCUUUCACCAGCGACUUCCUCAAAGACGAACGGGAGAUGAUCACCACAUCCCUGACCGCGACUUCGCUGGUAUCCAGAGAUGCUGAGCAACGCGAUCUCCGCAAACUCCAAGCUGCUUGGAACCGCGGCUGGCUAACCUGGGGCAGCAACCCUGAUCACGCAGAGCUUCUCCAAUCCCUGGAACUCCUCGCCCCGAAGCUGCCAGAGAUCUCGAAGGUGCUAUGUCUGGGACUCGGUACUCUCAGUGGCGAUCGCUUGGUCGAUGAGAAAGCUCGUGAUGGUCGGAUCAACUACCAAAACAUCACUCAGCACAUGUUCGCUGUCACCUUGACCAAGACACUCAGCAAACUUCUUGGAACACGCAUUCCUCUCAUGGCUUUCGAUCUCGAGUAUUCAGAGAACGACAAGAAGAUUCUUUCCAGCAACGAAAUCGAGGUCAUCGAAGGAUACGUGGCCGUGACUGAGAUUGACAACAAGACUCUAGUGGUCUCCCUCGAUCCGACUUUCCCCCUCGAUCAGGUGAUUUCCGACUUUGCAAAGCCAGCCGCGAUGAUUUGGGACCAGGCUGUAUCAGUUCCCAAGACUACGCUUCGAGUUUACUACGACAAGUUCUUCACCGCGCCCCUUCGAUUCGGAAAGACCCAUGUGGCCAUCCGAAAGCCAAUCAUUGACGAUCUUGCGAACGCCAUGGAGACCGAGCUGGAGAUGCCCAAGAUGAUCGGAAUGGCCAAGCAUGGAUGCGGCAAGACCUACAUGGACGAUAUGGAUGGGGUGGUCAUUGUGGACUAUGAACCCGAGGAUGAGUGGGUGUUUUUGGAAUGA